AUGGCCAUGUAUCCAAGGAGCGGAGGGGAGCGGGGCUACGACAGCGUUGUGGAGAAUCCGGAAGCUCUGAGUGCAGAAGAUCUUCAACGAGAAUGCCAACAACGAGAACGAGAUGGCCUGAAGUAUGACAACGUCCUCAAGAAUGACUUCAAGUCUGUGGAUGUCGAGACCUUCAAGAAUGCCAACAUCUUUGAGAAUGACCAGGACAUUCCAGUCAACAACUAUGACUCAGAUGCCAAAACUGAGUACGAGCCAGAAUCUCCGGUUCGUGCUGAGGGUCCAGAGAUUGCGGAGGAUGAGUUGCAACGCUGGUGCGGCACGGUGUGGGUUCUGCAAAGCGAACCCACUGUGGAGGUGCAGGCCCCGCACGCGGUGCGCAAAGCGCUGCAAAUCCAGCCUGACGGCUCGCUUUGGGCGCGAAGGGAAGCUUCGGGCUAUUGGAUGCCCUUGCUCCCGCACUCUGCGGCGGCGGCCAACUAUCGUCACUUCUCCUCAUCAGUCUUUCCCUUCGGCUUGUGUUGCACCAGUGCGGACUUUGCAGUGUCGAGUUGCUGUAGCCUGGCGUUUGACUCGGAAGAUGAGAAGAAUGUGGCCGUGAGGAUCUUCACGAAUCUCUUUUUGCAGCGCCUUCGAAAGUCUACCCCACCGCCGGCGCAAUCGAUCCCCUCGAGCACGCGCCAGGGGAACAGGACUAGAACCUCGAUGACUUCCAUCUCGGAUCGCGUGCGAGGCUUUAAUAGGGCGCGCACCGUGACCAGUGCUGCUAUGGCCGCGGCCUCGCGCUUAGGGAAUCGGAGCCCGGCCAGCUUCAGGACUGGCUCACCAUUCUCGCGCUUGUCGCCCACCAGCCCAGCACAGGCGUCCAUGGCCAGUGUGGGCAGUGAUGAGGUAGCCGAAGCUGCAGCUGCAGCGGCAGCCGCAGCGGCGGCUGAGCCGAAGAAGAGCAUGGCGGUCCACGUUCAACUGAAGGGCUUGGAGUCCGGGAAGGCGCUGGAUGAUGCGGAGCUGAACCGCCAGAGCCAGGCGGUCUGCGAACGCCUGCUGCGCAGUAAGAUCUUCGCAGCCAGCAGCAGCAUUGGGAUUUUCUUGGCCAUGCCCCGGGGGGAGCUCAGAACCACCCCGAUCCUCAGGGAAGCCUUCCUGCAGGGCAAGCGGGUCUACUGUCCCCGCGUGCUGAAAGCGACGGAAGACGAAGCUUUGAUGGAGUUCUACGAGGUGAAAAAUAUGGAGGAAGUGUCCACCUUGCCCCUUUCGAAAUGGAAAAUCCCGGAGCCCCCAGAGAGCUUCCCCCGUAUUGAGCCCUGGGACUUGGAUCUGCUGCUGGUCCCCGCUGUGGCGCUGGAUCUGGCCAGGCGACGCUGCGGACAAGGGAUGGGCUUCUAUGAUCGUUACAUCCAACGAGCACGUCAGGGCGCGGAAAGAGGCCGCUUGCGGACGAUCGGCGUCGCUUUGACCGAGCAGCUCUGCGAGGAGGUGCCUUCCGAAGCACACGACGAGCUUCUGGACGCGGUGACGCCGCUGAUGAAGCAACGGAAGCAACGGACGCGCGGACCGGAGCGGGAGCUGCGCGUUCUCCGUAGGUCAACCACUGGCGUCACCGGCCCCGAAAAGAUGGUGCUGGAGCAGCUACGGGUCAUUUGCAUCACCGGUCCCGAAAAUUUUGUCCUGACCAGGGCGGCAUGGCAUGGCACGCUGAGUGCUUCUCCGAGGACGGUAUUGAUUCCACCAGCGCCACCAGCUGAGGUGGUUAAGACUGCACAAGAUGCCAUCUUGGAGGAUGAUAACCGCGAGCUUGGCAUUUUGGUCGUGGCGUCUGGAGAGGGAGACACGGGGAAUUCGGUGCAGGUGAACGUGGAGCAUUUCGCCGCGGUCUGCGUGCCAUUGAACAGCUGCUGGUGGCCCGACGUCUCAAUUGAGGAGCCCUUCCCUGAGCCCUCUGGACGCUUGCCGUGGCCUGAGCUACGUCUCCUGCCCGAAGCGGCGCCAAGUGGAGAGGGACAGGGCAUCAUGAGUUCCUUUGGGCCCUUGGAGGUCUGGAUGCAGAGCGAGGUUCCCUCUCCACUUACUUCUCCUGCACGGCCUGUUGAUCUCCGCUCGCCCGGAAGUAAAUCGAGUUCGGUAGGUCCAAUGGUUCGUCCUGCACGACCAGUUCCAUCAGCUCUGCACGAUUUGGAAGCGAGGUCAAGUGGUGGAACAACUGCAAGCCUGCUGAAAGCACCGCAGUCACCCUUGGAGCGCUUGGUGUCAGAGGACAACAAGAAGACAGCGCUCCAAUGCCUGGCUCGUGGUGAAGCUGUUGAGGGACAGUUGGUGGAAACGCGUGCCCUGCAGAUGAUGCUCCUGUGGGAACCCGACAAACUCAUUGGCAUCAGGUUGGAAUCCGUUUUCGUGAACGAACUCAUGAAUCAUGGCCUUUUUCAGUUGGCAAUGCUGAGUCCCGGCUCUUGA